CAAUUACUUUGUUCGUUUCCGACGUUAAUAUAUUUUUUAGUGUUUCAAUUGCAUUAAUUGGUUUAUGUGAGUAAGUUAACGAAUUUGUUUACAUGUGUAUGAUAAGCGUUAUCACUCCGAAUGAACGUCAGUUUGACGUUUCGCGCAUUAUUACCUAACCUAGAAACGAGUUCUACUACACAAUAUUAUUAAGGGAAAUAAAGAAUUAACGAUGGCGUAUGACUUAAAACGAGAAGAUGAAGUCAAAGAAUACAUAGAAAAUCUUGGUAUUGAGUACCGUUUUGGUUGCUAUAAAGAAAAAAAGCCAGAAGUGUGUCAUCUACUUGGUGAUUAUUUGGAAGCGAUUAAAAAGGAUUUUGAGAAAGCUGCUAAAGUAUUUAAAAGCAAUUGUUUAGAUUAUAACUUUGGUAAAUCAUGUUUGAAGUACGGUAAUUAUGCAUUGGUAGGACGCGGUAAUAUCAAAGGUAGCCCGUCCGAAGCUCUUCCUUAUUUUGAAAAAGGAUGCGAGUUGAAUGACCCAACGGCCUGUUUGCAUGCGGGUAUGAUAUUAACAGCUACAGGACCCGGUAUCAAUGUAAAAAGGGAUGUGCCAAAAGGAUACAAUUACUUAAAAAAAAGUUGUGAUCAGAAGGAUGACAUGGCUUGUCACUACCUCUCCGGAAUGUACCUCACUGGGGUUCCAAAAAAUGUGUCAGAUUUCAACCCACACAAUCCUGAGAAAAAUAAAAACAUUGAUUAUUUAAUAAAGCCUGAUAAAAAACAAGCAUUUCAAUUUGCAUUAAAAGGCUGUGAAUAUGGCAAUAUGUAUGCAUGUGCAAAUGUCAGCGUAAUGUACAAAAAAGGUGAUGGAGUGGAGAAAAAUGAGGAAGAGUCUAAAAAAUAUUUUACAAUUGCACAGAAUCUACAAAAAGCACACGAAACUACGAAAGAAAUAAAGUUCCAGCAGGGCUUAGAGAAAUAACAUAGGCAACAACAAAUUAUUAGUAUGAUUAGUUUAGUGCUUAUGAAUGAAUGUUACUUUGUUAUGCUGCUAUUGUAUGGUUAGACUUGAUGUAGAUAUAUUAAUAAUAUUAUUGUUAACCAA